UUUUGUGUACACGGACACCGUGACGAGUCUAACCGUCGACAACGUGGCCCAGACGAUGUACUGCACCGAAAAGUACAACAUUCCGGCGCUUUUCGAUCUGUGCUCGGAAUUCAUCAUCGGUCAACUCACGGUGGACAACUGUCUGACCGUGUUGCAGAGUGUGCAACAUCUGAACGCGGAUAACGUUGUGGAGAAAUGUCUGGAAAUGGUGGAUACCAACUCGGCUACCGUUCUGCAGUCGCAGCAGUUUCGGGAGAUUUAUAGCAAUGACACACUGUUCGCUGACGAGCAUCUCAUCUAUGCGGCUGUUGAGAAGUGAGCGAAAAUUAUGGAAUUCGUUUAAAGGGAAAACUUAAUUGUACAGAUAUAUCGAUGGCAGAAGACAUUCUCGAAUUGAUAGUGUUUAACCGCCGCAGACUAC